AUGCGAUGGGCCCUUUCGGUGCUGCUUUGGAGGUUCACCUGUGCUGCCUCGAGUGUCGACAGGCUUGAAGAGAGCGCUCUGAUGCGGCGCCACAGGCAUGCCGCACGCCUCGACGCGGCAACCCUGAGCGCGGACGUUUCCUCCGAUGGGUCGGCCACCAUUCAGGUUCCUCCGCCCUUCUCGGCCCCGGAGAACACAUCAGCGCCUUCCACCACACAGCCUCCAGCGGCAACCACGGCAGCCGCCACCACGGUCGUCGCCACGGAACCUCCCACCACGGUUGCCACUACGGUUGCCACCACACCGGCAGCAACAACCGAAAGCACCACAGUGACAACGACCACCUUCACCACAACAACUGUCACAGAGACCACUACAACGAUGACAGAGACCACGACCACUGUCACCACAACUCGAGGCGAAUGCUCCAAGGGGCAGUAUGAUAAUGAGGAGCAGCACAGGUGCAUCCCGUGCGACGUCUCUUGCAGCGAGUGCUUUGGUGAUGCCAAGUCGUGCAUUGCUUGCAAAGCAGAAGAUGUCUUGGAUGUAUCAUCGUGCGUCGUGGAAUGCCCGCCCGGAAAGUUCGCAAACAGCAGCAAGAUCUGCGAGUUCUGCCACACAUCCUGUUUGACCUGCGCGGGCACUGACCGCGUGUGCACGAGCUGCCGCGAGGGCGACCUCUUGGACGGCUCCGUGUGCAAGUCCAAAUGCCCCGCGGGAAAGUAUGCAAAGGAGGGCAGGUGCGAGAACUGCGACGUCAACUGCUUCACCUGCAGUGAAGGAGCCAAUUCUUGCACCAGCUGCAAGGAGCAGUACUUUCUGGACGGCAGCGUUUGCAAGCUGCGAUGCCCCAAGAGCAAGUUCCCAGAUGAGGCCGGCAUUUGCCAGAUGUGCGAGACGCACUGCCACACCUGUGCCGGAGCACCUGGCAACUGCACCAGCUGCACAGCUCCCAAGGUUUUAGAUGGCACGGCGUGCGUGGACAGCUGCCCUGCUGCACACUUCGCGGAUGAGCAGCUGGUUUGUCGGCCUUGCGACGCUUCCUGCGGCAGCUGCGCUGGGGUGGCAACGGCGUGUUCCUCCUGCAACAAGGGGAAUUUCCUGGAUGGCACCACCUGCCUGAAUUCCUGCGGCGCGAACAAGUACGCGGACGCGUCAGCAAACUGCCAGCCCUGCGACGCCAGCUGCGGCAGCUGCGAGGGCUUGGCCCUGAACUGCACCAGCUGCCGACCACGACAAGCCUUGGAGGGCAGUAAUUGCCUUGACGAAUGUCCAGCAGGAAAGUACAAAGCCGAUGGCCGAUGCAAACACUGCGAUCCCUUAUGCAAAACCUGCGAUGGAUUAGCCAGCGCUUGCCUCACCUGCGCCAACCCGCGCCAUGUGCUGGAUGAAUUCUCCUGCCUGGCGGACUGCCCUGAUGGCAAGUAUGCUGACCCAGAGCGUGUGUGCCGGCCUUGCAGUCGACGUUGCGGCACCUGUGCUGGGGCGGCUGCAAACUGCACUAGCUGCAAGGCAAACCGAGUGCUGGACGACUCAGUGUGCCGAAGGCAAUGCUCCAGCCGCAAGUAUGAUGAUGCAGCGGGCAUUUGCCAAAGCUGUGAUCCCAGUUGCGGCAACUGCCAGGGGGAGCCUUCCAAGUGCACCAGCUGCUCUCCGGGGCAAGUGCUCGACCUGGAUGUGUGCCGCAUCAAGUGCCCGGACGGCCGCUUUGCGGACAGAACCGCCACCUGCCGGCCCUGUGAUCCAGCCUGUCUGACCUGUGCUGACUCUGCCACCACGUGUACGGGAUGCUCUGGAGACUUGGUCCUGGAUGACGGGGCAUGCAAGCAGACCUGUCCCCUGGGCAAGUUCCCCCGCCCGGACCAGGUCUGUGAAGUGUGCCACCGCACCUGCGCGACCUGCGAGGGCAACGCUACGCAUUGCACAAGCUGCAAUCGGAGCAUGCUGGUUGACGCUGGCCGGUGUGUGGAGAAGUGCUCCCGGGGCAAGUUCGCCACGAAGGGCGUGUGCGAGAAGUGCGAGGACUCCUGCCAAACGUGCGCAGCUUCGGCCGGCAACUGCACCUCCUGCCCCAUGCCGCAGGUUCUCGAUGGGCCCCACUGUGUGGCGCAGUGCCCGCAUGGGAAGUACCAAGACUUCCUGCGGGUUUGCCGUGCGUGCCACGGAUCCUGCGCCACCUGUAGCGGCACAGCCAGUAACUGCACCAGCUGCCUCGAGGGCGAGAAGCUCGACGGCUCCACUUGCAAGAUCGAGUGCCCUCCGGGGAAGUUCGCAGACGUGACCCGCACUUGCAAGAACUGCUUGGCCUCUUGCGCUACUUGCGAGGGAGUCAGUGCCUCACUUGCCACAGCGGCGCGCUUUUGGACGAUGGCACCUGUGUUGACACCUGCCCUCCUGGGAAGUUUGCCGAUGACUUGGAGUGCAGGCGAUGCGCUGGAAGGUGCGCUACUUGCGUAG